UUUUUUUAAGACGGCACAUGCGCCGUAGUUUGUUUCAGUUGGCUGCCCUGAGGGCUCGGGGGUCUAGUCCUAGGCUGCUGGAAGGGCGGGGCCUUCCCCUAUGGCUUUGCCUCAGCGAGUCUGGUCCGCUAGGACGGGGAAGUCGGCGCUGCGCCGUAGGGGCGGCUCCCUGUUUGUGCCGGGCGGAGAGAGGGGAGGGACUGAGCCGUCGCGGAGGACCCCCUUGCACUCCCCUCCCCACUCCCUCCCUCUAGGCCGGUCCCCGCCAAUGGGGCAGGGCGAAGGGGCGGGCUUUUCGCCUCGGGUCCUGCACCAACUUCGACUCCCCAGGCCCGAUCGGCGCCUCCAGGGGCCUCCAGGGUCCGCGAGCCUUUGGCUCUGGCCUAGUCGGGAAGCUAGGGUGGUGAGAAUAGGAAAUUUGGAGGGGGCAAUUGCCACCUUGCCAGCAGCGCACCACUUCGGGAAGAGAGACAUGAGAUAUCAAUGGGACGCUGCUCCCCCAUCAGCUAGCCCGAGUAGCGGCUUUCUCGGUUUCUCCGGAAUUCUAACCAGGAGCCCGGGAUCAGAGGGACCCGCACAUCUAGCUCCUUCCCAUCCUAGGCCAGUGGGCCACUCUGAUCCAGCUCGGAGCAGGAGGGAGGAGUUGCGAGAAGGCGGGGCCUACGGAGAAGGCGGAGUCAGGAGAGGACUUGAAGAAAUUGGGCUGGUGGUGGAAGAUACUCCCCCCCCUUAGGAAAAAAAAAAAACAAACCACCAAACCCCAACAACUCCCUACUGACAGGGGAGCUUUCCUCGCUGGCCACCCUCGUGGGCAGAGCACGGAUUUGACAGCUCCCUGGUCUAAGGACGACUGCUGACCCCGCCAGGCCGGAGAGCGAGGUUUCCUGGCUCCUUCCGAAAACCUCAAACCCAGGUGAAAUAUUAAGUGGUCUGCGUGGUUGCCCCAUACCCAUUAUUUUGUAACCCAUUCAAGAAAAAAAGACAUUCCUUCGAAGAAGCUGCCUCUUGUCGGAGCGAACUUGGAGAGGUAGAGACCCCCGAAGCACUGGUUUCUGUGACGACCGUGGUCUGGUUUUUCCAGUGCCCCUACAAGGCGAGUCAGAAAUUGACGUUUGAAAUUCUUUGAUUGACCCCCUACUUAAGCACCGACCAAAACUGAUUUAAGAUGUUUUUGGCAAAAUGGUAAAAGGAGACUGAAGAUUGAAAGGGGGGGUGGGGGUGAGGGGAAGGGAGAAGUCCAAGGACACGAUGGCCGAGGGGGAGAAUGAAAUUAGGUGGGAUGGAUUGUGCAGCAGAGAUUCAGCUACUAGAGAAACAGCAUUGGAAAACAUUAAACAAGCAAUCUUUAGGAAAGCUGAGUUUCUUCGUUCUGUGAAAGAGACACCUUAUCGUUCAUCGGAACAGCUUUUAAAUGCUGCCUCUUGGGAUGAGUUCAAUAAAAUCCUUGCUCGUCUGCUCAUGCUUUCCAAGCGGUGUCCCUUUAAAGAUGUAAGAGAGAAAAGUCAAUCUAUUUUGAAAUGUGUCCAGGAACUUGGAAUUAGAAUUCCUCGACCACUAGGACACGGACCAAGCAGAUUCAUCCCAGAGAAGGAGAUUCUUCAAGUGGGUAAUGAAGAUGCCCAGAUGCACACUUUGUUUACAGAUUCUUUUGCUGCUUUGGGUCGUUUGGAUAACAUUACCUUAGUGAUGGUUUUUCAUCCACAGUAUCUAGAAAGUUUCUUAAAAACCCAACACUAUUUACUACAGAUGGACGGGCCUCUCCCUCUUCAUUACCGACACUACAUUGGAAUAAUGGCUGCAGCAAGACACCAGUGCUCCUACCUAGUGAACCUUCAUGUAAAUGAUUUUCUGCAUGUUGGAGGAGACCCCAAAUGGCUUAAUGGUUUAGAGAACGCACCACCAAAACUACAAAAUUUAGGAGAACUAAAUAAAGUGUUAGCCCACAGGCCUUGGCUUAUUACCAAAGAACAUAUUGAGCAACUUUUGAAGGCUGAAGCACAUAGUUGGUCCCUUGCUGAAUUGGUACAUGCAGUAGUUCUACUCACACACUAUCAUUCUCUUGCCUCUUUCACGUUUGGCUGUGGAAUCAGUCCAGAAAUUCAUUGCGAUGGUGGCCAUACCUUUAGACCUCCUUCUGUUAGUAACUACUGCAUCUGUGAUAUUACGAAUGGCAAUCAUAGUAUGGAGGAGAUGCAUGUUAACCCUGCGGGAAGUGUUUCAAUAACUGAUUCCUUUUGUGAGGUCGAAGCCCUCAUGGAGAAAAUGAAACAGUUACAGGAAUGUCGUGAUGAAGAAGAAGCAAGCCAGGAAGAGAUGGCAUCACGUUUUGAGAUUGAAAAAAGAGAGAGCAUGUUUGUUUUUUCAUCAGAUGAUGAAGAAGUUGCACCAGCAAGAGAUGUAUCACGUCACUUCGAGGACACUAGUUAUGGUUAUAAAGAUUUCUCUAGACAUGGGCUGCACGUGCCAACAUUUCGAGUUCAGGACUAUUGCUGGGAAGACCAUGGUUACUCAUUGGUUAAUCGUCUUUAUCCAGAUGUGGGACAGUUGAUUGAUGAAAAGUUUCACAUUGCAUACAAUCUGACAUAUAAUACAAUGGCAAUGCAUAAAGAUGUAGAUACCUCAAUGCUUAGGCGUGCAAUUUGGAACUAUAUUCAUUGCAUGUUUGGAAUAAGAUACGAUGACUAUGACUAUGGGGAAAUUAAUCAGCUUCUGGAUCGUAGCUUUAAGGUUUAUAUCAAAACUGUAGUCUGCACUCCUGAGAAGGCCACAAAAAGAAUGUAUGAUAGCUUCUGGAGGCAAUUCAAGCACUCUGAGAAGGUUCAUGUUAAUUUGCUUCUUAUAGAAGCUCGGAUGCAAGCUGAAUUACUUUAUGCUCUGAGAGCCAUUACCCGCUAUAUGACCUGAUGUCUUUCCUCAGUUCAAAAAGUUGAUGGAAUGAUCAGAAGACGGUAUCUCUGAGGGGGCAGGUAUGGAGCCCCAGGACCAAUGGUAGAUCCAGCAUUCACACCUCCAUUGUGCCAUGAUUCCUUUAGUUUCUGCUCUUUUACUGUGGGAAAACCACUUUGGGCACCGAGUAGAGAGUGCCUGGCUCCUCCUUCAAGGUUAGAGCUGUGAAAAUGGGCUGUGGUUCAGAGGCUUCUGCUUUACGAUAGCAUAAGAAGCUGCAUAACUCCAAAUCCCAUUGCUUUUCUGAUCAGUGAGAUAACCAGGGUUGGAGCAUGUAACAAUGGGACUUGGAAAAUGGCUAAAAUUUAGUGAUGCAGAAGGAAUUUUAGACGUUUCUGGUGCUGCUCUUCUUGCCGGUGGCUGUCCCAGUUAAGCUAUUAGAAAUACAGUGAACACUGCUACUAUCUGAGCCUCCAUAAUUUGUGUGGUUAAAAAUGAAACUUGCAUAUGUGUUCAUUUUUGCCUUUAAAAUUUAAAAAGCUAAGACAAGCCUCACAUCUCAACAGUGACCAUUCUGAAAGUUAACAGUUAAUUUCCUUCACUGUAGUUUUUGCUUUUGAAAAUACUAUAUAGGACAAGUGUUAUUUUAAACAUUUAGUUACUGUAUGACACCAAUUCUGAUGGCCUUCCUAAGAAGAUUCAGGCCUUCACAGAGUGGCAGUCUUCUGGGAAAGUGCAUCAAUUACAAGCACUGCUGACAGCCAUGUGAUAGGUUUCUUUUCUUGGGUAGUUUCUGACACUGGAGAGUGGGCAGUCAUCAUGCCAGAGUUUUGUUUUUAUCACCUCAAACGUGAGCAGGUCUAGGGGUAUUACUCCUAAAACCACCGUAUUGACGGUGAUGCAGCUCCUUAGGUAACAAAGCUGUAAAACAUGUUGUAUGGUAAAAUGAAUUUGAUUUGGGAAAAAAAAAACUGCUAGCUUUGAAAUGUAAACUGGUUUGGAAAAUGUACUGAGAACUUUGUAUUAUGGAAGCGUGAAUUGCUUUUGAAGUCUGUCAGUAUUAUUGGUCUUUUUAAAUAAAGGAUAAUUUUUUUUCUCCA